UAUCUUUUUGUGUUUCAGACCACCUUCCAGACUGAACUUGGUCAGACACUGGACCUCAUUACGGCUCCACCUGGUCACAUUGACCUGAACAGGUUUACCAUGGAAAGGUAUAAAGCAAUUGUGAAAUACAAGACUGCCUUUUAUUCGUUUUAUCUCCCAGUGGCCUCUGCAAUGUACAUGGCAGGGAUUGACAGCGAAGAGGAACACAGUAAUGCCAAGCACAUCUUACUGGAGAUGGGAGAGUUUUUCCAAAUACAGGAUGACUACUUGGAUUGUUAUGGUGACCCGGCUGUGACUGGAAAGAUUGGGACAGACAUCCAGGACAACAAAUGCAGCUGGUUGGUGGUGAAAGCUCUAGAAGUGAUGACUCCAGAGCAGAGAUCAGUUCUGGAGGCUUGCUACGGGCGCAAGGAUGAAGCCAGCGUGUCGAAGGUCAAAGAGCUGUACAAUGCUCUACAAAUGCCAAAACUGUAUCACACAUAUGAAGAGGAGAGCUACCAGCGGCUGCAGAAGCUCAUCGCUCGGCAUGCUCAGAACCUUCCUCACUCAAUAUUCCUCAACUUCGCCAAGAAGAUUUACAAGAGGAACAAGUGAGGGAUGGAGCAUCACAGGAAAGAACUUGGAACUAGGAUGUUAAAGUCACAAGGGAGAAGUUUCAGACCGGUCUGAGCUGAACAUAAGUAUUUAAGUAGGUUUUCAGUGAGUUAUGAAUGUUAGGGAAAAUGGUUAAAGGGAGAGGAAAGGGCAUAUUUACCCCACAAAAGUCUCAACGCAGUUAUUGUUUAUAUUUUGACAAUAAUGUCGAAUAAAGAGUUGUACUUUAUUUGGGGUUGGGAAUGAUGUGUCUCCUGGGAGAUUAUUUCCUAAAACAUUUUUAUAGUGUUUUUAUAAAAUAGCCAAUUGUCUCAAUGUGAUUGUGCCUAAUAAAUUAUUUAUGAUCUGUC